AUGGCUGGCUUCAUCUUCGUCUUCAGUGGGGAGAAAAUGUUAAGUGAUAUGGUUCAAUGGCUGUGGCCAAAGCUUGUUCAGCAAGAGCUAAACCAGCUUCAGGAGAAUUUCAACAAUCACCGUGUUCAUAAGGAUUCCGCUAAGAAACUUCCAUCAGGUGUUUCUCCCAAUGUUGCCUUUGCCCUCCAUACUGAGUAUCAAGCUGAGAACUGCCUACAGGUAGUUGAAUGCAAGGUGGUAAAGCAGUUGAUGGAGAAUAUAGGUGGCAAGGUUUUCAUUCGUUUUGUUUCUGUUGAGUAUGAGAAUUGUGCAGAGACUGUGUUUGCAAACCUUGGUUUCAAGGAGUUAUCCUUCCACAAUGUUGUAGAGGACAUACAUUUCAUAGCAAAUGAACCAUUUUGUUGCUCGAGGAACUUUCCUGCUAUGGAUGGCCAGGAAUGUGGAAAAUACUCCAAGCUCCAGGAAGCCACAGAAGCUGAAUGUGCUGCUGUCUAUGAUAAACCACAGUAUGCACACUGUAGGAUAUACUACGACUUCCUUCAAUCCACUUUGUAUGAGCUCUGCAAGACUCGCCAACCUGGGGCUGUAUUAUUUGAGCCACCAUCAGAGUUUUCUAUGAUUCACACCCAUGCUUCACUGGCAGGUGCUGAAAAUGCAACUCGUUCAAUUGCAAACACAAUCAUGGACUGCAGUUCAGGCUUUGCUGUGCUUCAGAAGUCAACCGAAAGGUUUCUGCUCUAA